AAUACGGGUUAUCGCGAAAGCGAAACUUCAUUCAAGAUGGCGGCGCUAAGCGAGUGAUCGCGUUCUAUGUCGCCAGAGAAACGUGUUCACUGAUGUAACAGCGUAUGCGCAGCUACCAGGAUGUGCUCCUUCAAUAAAUGUUUUGAGGGUGUGUCCGCCUUCUUCCAGAGAAUAUUUGAAAAAAUCGGUAUUUUCAUUGGCACCUACCCAGUUGUACUGGUAGUUGCCUCACUUUCAGUAACCCUUGGUCUCAGCUGUGGUAUGAUAACAUUGUCCAACGAGACUGACACAGAGACCCUUUACACGCCCAUUAACAGCAGAGCAUCACAAGACCGAGUUCAGUACCAGGCCACGUUCCCAGACGCCACAGGAAGCAACUACCGCGGAUAUGCACUUGCGGCUCUUGACAUGUAUGGCCGAUUGUUGAUAAGCAGCAUGACAUAUGGGAACAUCCUGUCCAAUGCAUCCAUGCAAGAAAUACGUCACCAUAUUAGCACAAUAAAAGAUAUCAGUACUACAUAUGAGGGGUUGGUGAUCAAGUAUGUUGAUGUCUGUGCUCGACAAAAUGGAAGUUGUUACGCUUCAGGAGAGUUUCUCACAACAGAUGCUGUACAUAAUGCUUAUCUGUCUGGUGGAAUCACCUACCCAAACUGGAAUAACAUAGACAUAUCAGCAUUUCUUGGACAGGCUGCUUCGACAGGUGGAAAACUGGUGUCUGCAAAGUACCUAAGUAUUUCAUUUAAUUUACGAAUGGAUUCAGCGGUUAACAAGGCAAAAGCGAGAGCUUGGGAAGAGGAGUUCCUGAAAAAAGCAGCAACUUUAGGCACAAUGUCUACAAGGAUAAACUAUGCCGCCUCCCAUUCGCUAGACGCAGAGUUGAACAAAAACACAAAUGGAGACAUCGUGUUCUUCUCUGUAACGUUCACGUUGAUGAUCACUUAUGCCACUUUUGUUGCUGGCGGGGAUGUUGUGUCAUCGAGGACGUUGGCAUCAUGGGCUGGCGUUAUGGCAGCUGGAUUUGGCAUCCUGUCAUCGUUUGGACUUGUCAGCCUUUGUGGUGUAAAGUUUGUCAAUAUCGUCGGUGUAACACCAUUUCUUAUCAUAGGUAUCGGUGUGGACGACAUGUUCCUGUUGAUGUCCAGCUGGGCGGAGACCUACCCUCAUCGAGACAAGACCGUGGCCAGUAGGAUGGGGAUGACCUUUGCCUCAGCUGGCAUCGGUAUCACCAUCACGUCCCUCACUGAUCUCCUGGCUUUCUUAACUGGCGUGUCUUCUGUGUUUCUCAGUGUGAGGAAUUUCUGUCUCUAUACAGGAGUGGCCGUCAUCUUCUGCUACCUGUACCAAUGCCUCUUCUUCUCCCCCUGCCUUGCCAUCCAUGGCCGUCGGGUUGACAGUAACAGACACUGCAUGACCUGCCUCAAAACUAAAUCCAGAAACCAACUCAGGAACGAUGAUGCCUCUACCUGUAGAGUGUUCUGCUGUGGAGGCUCACCGCCAACAGAGAGGGGACAGGAUGAACGAUUCUUUGAGACACUGCCACGAAAGUACCUGCCACAAAUGUUACUGUGUGUGGGGGGGAAGGUAAUUGUGAUUGUGCUAUUCUUGGCCUACCUUGGUGUGUCAAUAUGGGGAACAUUGAACUUCAAACAAGGUUUGAUUUUGAAGAAUCUGGUCUCAACAGAUUCAUACUAUCAUUCCUAUAGUGAGACAAAUGAUGCAUACUUCUCCAGUACUUUUCCUUUCCCCUUUGUGUUUGGCCCAACUACAAAUUACACAGACAAGGAUACUGUUGAUAAUAUCGAGUCUCUGAUCAAUAGUGCAAAAGCGGACCCUGGAGUAAAUGAAAAUUCGCUCGUUUGCUGGUUCGAUUCUUACAGAGAAACAACUGCUUAUGACAACAGCAGCACCACAGCUUUUGUAUCGGGAUUGAAAACAUUUCUCUCAAUGACCACAAACUUUGAUAAGGAUGUUGUCUUUGACUCAACCAGUACUAAUAUCAAAGCUUCCCGAUGUUAUCUUUUAUCAAUCAAUAUCAAAGGCUCUAAUGCUCAAGCUGAUGUCAUGGUUCGAAUGCGAGCUCUGGCUGACAACUCACCUCUCUCUGUCUACACCUUCCACCCAGCCUAUAUCUUCUUUGAGCAGUAUGUUGCUAUCCUUCCCAGUACACUACAAACUGUGGGCGUGGCACUAGUCGUCAUGACUGUGGUCACCUGCAUCUUCCUUCCUCAUCCUCUUCUGGUUUUCCUUGUCGUCCUUAACGUCGUUUCUAUCCUCGUUGGCAUCUUUGGGUUCCUUUAUAUCUGGGGACUGAGUCUCAGUUCAGUGACAAUGAUCCAUCUCAUCAUGUCUGUCGGCUUCUCGGUGGACUUCAGUGUGCAUGUGUGCUCUGCCUAUAUGAUUGGAAAAGGAAGAAACAGGAGUGAGAAAACAGAGUCUGCCAUUGUUCAUGCAGCUGGUCCCAUAUUAAACGGUGGAAUGUCAUCCUUACUGGGUAUUCUUGUGCUGGUGUUCUCAAAGUCCUACAUCUUCAACUCCUUCUUCAAGAUCAUGUUUACAGUGAUCAUGUUCGGCAUGCUGCAUGCCGUGUUUCUCCUUCCUGUGAUAUUGUCCAUCAUUGGUCCUUUAACCAAUACUUUCAUAAGUCCUGCAAGCUCACGCAGCAACAGCCGCCCGCCAUCACCUCCCAUAGACUACAUGUAACAAAGACCGCUGUUGUCAACAUUUCUCAACAUUUUUAGCUGUAAACCAAUGUGUACCCCAAUGUCCCAAUAUUCUUAUUCAUUUGCACAGAAUCGAAUAAUGUAAGUCUCUUUGUGUGCCCGUUCUGUUUAUCUAUGUAUCUCUAUCUGUCAAUGUACAUACACCAUGUUGCUACCAUGAAAUCAGUUCACUGAAUGGUCACAUGUCUAACAGCAAAAGUGUUCUUGUUCCUGGUUAUCUACCAGAGAUGGACAUUGUAAAAGGAUACCUGCCAAUAUGACAGAUACACACGCACUACAACAAAUUACGGAUGUGGUUUCUGUAUAAAAUAAAAUAAACUUAAUUGAUCACUUAAUGCCA